GGGUGGGGGGAGGGGUUAGUGUGCUGUAGUGUUUAGAUCAGGUAUCUGGAGUUGAGACCUGCAUUCUAGUCCCAUCUCUGCCACAGAUUUGCCAGGUGAUGUUGAGCAAAUAGCUCAACCUCUCUGUCUCAGCUUUCCUGUCUGUAUAAUAAUUCCUACCCACCUUUGAAAAAUGCUGUGACAGCGUUGAAUGAAAGGCUGCGUGGAAGACUAAAGUCUUGUUGUUGUUAAUGAACCAUGUAGGAAACUAUUUCAUAUCCUGAUGGAUAUCAGCCAGGUCUUAAACAAUGAGAACCCAACUCCCACCUCUCCUGCUCCAAACACCAUUCCAUUCAGGUUUUUUUUCAAGAGUCUGUUCAUUGGUACUGCCUGUCAAGCUGGAGCUUGUCUCUUUAAGAAAGUGUAGCACAGUAGCAGAGGAAGGCCCUGCCUCCUAAAGCUUGUAGCACUGUAGCUGGGCUGUGGAAUGGGAAACAGUUCUUGAUCUUUAUCCGAAUACAGUGUACACACACACACACGCAACCACCCCAUCUGCAGCUCACGCAGUAACAUCCAGCGUGGAGAUCAGUACUCCUGCCUGGCUCUCUGACACAGGAUGGACGUUCCUGAGCACUGAGCUCAGCUGCUGUAAAAAGCAAGUAGGAAAACAUACAGCUGGAUAAAAUUGAUCAUGAUCAGUAGAUAGCAUCUCACACCAUGACCAUGGCUCCCCGGAAAAGGAAUCGUCAUGCUUUUGGGUUUCUUUGCUGCUUCGGGGGAAGCGACCUCCCUGAAAUCAACCUCAAAGAUAAUAACCCCCUCCAGUUCCUGGAGUUCUCUGUCCCAAUCCCACCAGCGGAGGAGCUCAAUGCUAGGUUCUCCGAACUUGUGGAUGAACUGGAUCUCACAGAUAAGAACAGAGAGGCUAUGUUUGCACUCCCGCCAGAGAAGAAGUGGCAGAUUUACUGCAGCAAAAAGAAGGAACAAGAAGACCCUAAUAAGCUUGCUACCAGCUGGCCGGAUUACUAUAUUGAUCGCAUCAACUCCAUGGCUGCAAUGCAGACCCUGUAUGCUUUUGAUGAAGAAGAAACAGAAAUGAGGAAUAAAAUAGUUGAAGACUUGAAAACAGCUCUGCGGACUCAACCCAUGAGGUUUGUGACCAGGUUUAUUGAGCUGGAUGGCCUGACCUGUUUGUUGAACUUCCUGAAGAGCAUGGACUAUGAGACCUCAGAGAGCCGCAUACACACAUCCGUUAUAGGGUGUAUUAAGGCACUGAUGAACAAUUCCCAGGGACGAGCACAUGUCCUGGCCCAUCCAGAAAGUAUCAAUAUCAUCUCCCAGAGCUUACGGACUGAGAACAUCAAGACCAAGAUCGCUGUGCUGGAGAUCCUCGGGGCUGUCUGCCUGGUGCCGGAUGGCCAUAAGAAGGUCCUACAGGCCAUGCUUCACUACCAGGUCUAUGCUGCAGAAAGGACAAGAUUCCAGACAUUGCUGAAUGAGCUAGACCGAAGCAUGGGGCGCUAUCGGGACGAGGUGAAUCUCAAAACGGCCAUCAUGUCCUUUAUCAAUGCUGUUCUGAACGCUGGCGCAGGCGAGGACAAUUUGGAAUUCCGAUUGCACCUGCGAUAUGAGUUUCUGAUGCUGGGAAUUCAACCUGUUAUUGACAAGCUAAGAGGACAUGAAAAUGCAACAUUAGACAGGCACUUAGAUUUCUUUGAGAUGGUGAGAAAUGAGGAUGAUCUGGAACUUGCCAAGCGGUUUGAUGUGAUUCACAUUGAUACAAAAAGUGCCUCUCAGAUGUUCGAGAUGAUCAAGAAGAGAUUGAAGCACACGGACGCCUAUCCCUAUUUGCUAUCAGUCCUUCAGCAUUGCUUGCAGAUGCCUUAUAAGCGGAAUGGAGGACAUUUCCAGCAGUGGCAGCUGUUAGACCGGAUACUACAACAAAUCGUUCUUCAGGAUGAGAGAGGGGAUGAUCCAGAUAUAGCUCCACUGGACAACUUCAAUGUCAAAAACAUCAUUAAGAUGCUGGUGAAUGAGAACGAAGUGAAACAGUGGAGGGAUCAGGCGGAGAAAUUCAGAAAAGAACACGCAGAGCUGUUGAGCAGACUGGAAAAGAAGGAAAGAGAAUGUGAGAUAAAGACCCAAGAGAAAGAUGAAAUGAUGAAGACAUUGAACAAGAUGAAGGACAAGCUGCAGAAAGAAUCCUUGGAACUGCGCCAGACCCGGGACCAAAUGACAGACCUGGUAGCUCAAUUCAAUGAGUUCUCGCAAGGAGGUGGCAUUUCCUUCCCACCCCCUCCCCCACCCCCUCCUGGUGGCCCAUUAGCUUUGCCCUCCUCUUUGAUGAUGGAGUGUUUGCCCCCGCUGCCACCCCCACUCCCAUUCUCCAGCAGCCCCCCUCCACCUGCUCCGCCACCUCCACCGGGAGGGCCACCUCCCCCACCUGGAGCCCCUCCUUUCUUCAGCCUGGGGAUGAUGCCCCCUCCCACAACCACCUUCAGCAGCAGCGGGACCAGCCUGCGGAAGAAAUCUAUCCCACAGCCUUCUCACCCACUGAAAUCCUUCAACUGGGCCAAACUGAACGAGGAGAAGAUCCAUGGCACAAUCUGGCAUGAAAUUGAUGACUUAAAGGCUUUCAGGGUGCUGGAUCUGGAGGAUUUUGAAAAAAUGUUCUCUGCUUAUCAAAGACACCAGGACCUGCUAACUAACCCCUCCUCCUGUAAGCAGAAAGAGAUGGGCUCAACUGAGGACCUAUACUUGUCCACACGGAAGGUUAAAGAGCUUUCUGUUAUUGAUGGCCGAAGGGCUCAGAAUUGCGUCAUUCUCCUCUCCAAGUUGAAGCUGUCCAAUGAUGAAAUCAAACGGGCGAUCUUGAAGAUGGAUGAACAAGAAGACCUGGCCAAAGAUAUGCUGGAGCAGCUGUUGAAGUUUGUUCCUGAGAAGAGUGAUAUCGACCUGCUGGAGGAACAUAAACACGAAAUUGACCGCAUGGCCCGGGCUGAUCGAUUCCUUUAUGAAAUGAGCAGGAUCGAUCAUUACCAGCAGCGGCUGCAGGCGUUAUUCUUUAAGAAGAAGCUCCCAGAGAGGCUGGCAGAAUGCAAGCCUAAAGUGGAAGCCAUUCUUCUGGCCUCCAAAGAGCUCACCCGCAGCAAGCGCUUGAAGCAGCUCUUGGAGGUUGUCCUGGCCUUUGGCAAUUACAUGAACAAGGGCCAAAGGGGAAAUGCGUAUGGCUUCAAAGUCUCCAGCCUGAACAAAAUUGCAGACACCAAAUCCAGCAUAGACAGGAAUAUUACACUGUUGCACUACUUAAUUAUGAUCUUUGAGAAGAAGUACACAGAUAUCUUAGACAUGCAGUCUGAGCUGCAGCAUCUUCCGGAAGCAGCAAAAGUCAAUCUGAUGGAGCUGGAGAAGGAAGUUAACAACAUAAAGACUGGAUUGAAAGCUGUUGAGGUUGAACUGGACUAUCAGAAGAGACGCAUGCGGGAAGCAGGGGACAGGUUUGUGCCUGUCAUGAGUGACUUCAUCACUGUGGCCAGUUUCAGCUUCUCGGAGCUAGAAGACCUUCUGAAUGAGGCUAGGGACAAGUAUGCCAAGGCACUGAAGCAUUUUGGAGAGAACGAGGGCAAGAUGCAGCCAGAUGAAUUUUUUGGCAUCUUCGACACCUUCCUGCAGUCAUUCACAGAGGCCAAGCAAGAUCUGGAGAAUAUGAGGAAGAAGAAAGAGGAGGAGGAGCGCAGGGCACGCAUGGAGGCCAUGCUGAAAGAGCAGAGGGAGAAAGAGAGGCGACAAAAGAAAGCAAAGGUCGGCAGCAUCUCCGAGGAGAGUGGGGAGUUCGACGACCUGGUGUCAGCCCUCAGGUCGGGCGAGGUCUUUGACAAAGACUUAUCCAAGCUCAAGCGCAACCGUAAGCGUUCGGGGAACCAAGGCUUGGAGACGAGUCGGGAGCGGGCGGUGACCAAACUAAAUUAUUAACGACAAAAGGAAGGAGGGGACGUUAAAAGAAAAAAAACCCAACCCAAAGAAGAUGAUGACAAAGAACAAAUGAAGAAAGAUGAAUGUGUGUGACAGCAAUUGGCUGAUGGGUGCCCCCAAGGGCUCACCCAGCCCAUAGCUGGAGACGUUACCUUUUCAUGACCAACUUUCCGCCCCUCCCCCAUGCGCCUAAUGUGGAAUGGCUGUAAAAGUGCCUCUGUGGAGCCAGCAGGGUUUGUGACUGGGCCAUUUGGAACAUUGGCCGAUUUGCUUCUGGGAAUCUUGUCUCCAAGCUCAGCAAAGGCCCAUUGAUGACAAGAGGAAGCACUUGGGUCUUGUGGACCACUCAGCAGCUGGGGGAAGAUCGUUCGCUGUGUGCCAAAGUACAAACAAGUAGUGUUCUCCGUCUGUUGAGACUAAGCAAGACCAUUACAUCUCAGGCUGGCUCUGAACACACCUGAUGCUUUCUCGAGAUCUAGAGCAGCCUUCAGGAGUUUUCCACAGAGUUCCUUUCCAGAACUUGGUUUACAAAGAGUUAUUGACUAAACCUGAAAAAUGCUUUUGAUCUCAUGUACUGUGUAUUUUUAUUUGUGCUUUUUGUGGCCUCUAAUAGCCAAAGCAAAUGACGCUCAGAGGGGAAGGACGGGGUUUGGAAAUGAGAUGGAGUCCUGGCUUGAAAUCCAAUAGUCAGAACUGAUGAAACCAUUUAUAAAACUUUUUUUGAAAUUUUUUAAAGCCGUUUUCUGGAACCUGUUGAAGCUUCUAGGGAUGUUCUAGAACCGGAAAAGUUGGGAGAGAGUGAAAUACAUGUUCUAGAAUGGGUGCUCUGCAUUGGAGUCUAGAAAAUGAACCCACAGCUGAUCGGGGCCAGAUCCAGAUGCCCUUAGAGCCUACUGCCAUUGCCCAAGUAGCCUCCCAGUGCUGAUAAUUUCAUACUGCUUUUGCAUCAUUUUGUUAGCGCAACCCAAUGGAAAUUGGGAACUGUAUGGGAUCAUCACAAGGUCCUAAAUAAAGACAACUUUAUUGGAACGAACUAGAGUUUGCAUCGAAGUUGUCUUCUCAGCCAACCCCUGCGGGAACCAUAGAACAUCAUACUAUGUGAAGGACAGCCACGUAAAAGACAGGGUCUUUUCCACUUCUAAGGUGUUGCUCGCAAUGAAGGUGCCAUAAACAAGACAGGAAUUAAUCAAGAGGACACAGAUCUGAAUGGGUUGAGGGCUUUGAAAAUUAGUUAAUUAAUAGGAAUUUUUUUAUUAAAAAAUAAAAAUGUAAAGCACACAGCCAAAAACAAACAAGCCAACAAGAAAGACACUGACUAUUUUGUUGCUAUUUCUGAUCACCUUCACGACUCUAGUAAUGAGACUAGCUUAUGCAGGUUGUCACGGUUUCUUUUGUCUUGUCUUCCUUAAGUGAGCUUUUUGGUUAUCUUCCCACGGAGAGAAAAAGGAGGAGGAAGAAAGGAGCGUUCUGGAUGUGAUAUUCGAUGAGAGAAAGAGACCCAUCGUCUGCAAAAUAUGCAUUAAAAAACAAACAGCAGGAAAUCUCGGUUUGGAGGAAGUCAGAAAAGCUCAGUUUGUCACUUUAAUUGCUUGGCUUUAUUUUUCUCCAAAUGUCACUUAAUCUCAGGCUCAGCAUUGAGUCUGCAGGACAAAACUCCAUGCCCCAGGCACACUGCCUAAUCAGUAUUAUAUUCAGACAACAUCGGGGAAACGCACUGUGGAGGUUCUCUGAACUUUGGAAGGUUAAAUAAUUAUGUAAACUAUGGAGAUAAGAAAAAAAAAGUUAAAAACUGUAAUGUUGUUUACUGUAUUUUGAGUCUCCCUCCCUAGAAUUUCCCUAUUGACGACAUUCCAGACCACUGCACCUCUGCAGAAUACUCAUGGUGAAGAGCUGGUAUCUUACAAGAGCUGCGUGCAUUCUCCUUCAGUAUUAUUCCCUUCCCCCUCGGGGAUUAGCAGUUAACAGAAAUGUCCAUUGUGGCAGACACAGGCACCUUUUAGGAGAGAGAUUUUGUAUUUUCAUACCAGGUUUUGAAAGUUUAAGAAAAAAACUCACGUUUUUAAGCAAUUUUUUAAAAACUCCAAAAUAGAUUUUUAAAAAAAUCUUUUCUGUAAAUUAUAUUCACAAGCUCCUUGCUGCCCCCUAUCAGAUCAGUGCUCUAUUCCAAUACUAUUUUUGGUGGCCGAUGGGUCACUAUUUUUUUAAAGCAUGCCAUAUAACCCACUCUGUGAGAGCCAUAUGAGAACGUAAUACAUGCCAAAUUGGUGUACAAUUGAGUUUAGUUUUUGGUAGUCUCCAAAUUCCAAGUGUGAGAUUUUUAAGGAUUAUAAAUAUCAGGAUUUUUUAACCUGUUUUAUCUUCCCCGGUUUUAGUGCUCACCCACUAAUUCAUAAGCCCUAGCUUAUCACUAGUAGCAAGCCCUCUGUGCCCAGCUAUCGUCCACCCUUUUAACUGUGGGCCGCACUGUGGACUUAGAUUACUGUGACUGAAAAGCCUACAGGAGCCCCUAUACACCUUCUAGAUCUACUCCAGCUCUAUUUCUCACCAUCAGGUGUUUGAGUCUCUGAUGCUUUUUCGCUUGAGUCUCUGACGCUGGAUCAAGGCUGCUUUCUCCAUCUUAAGGAGCCUUUAGCGCGUUCCCCUUCUCUUAUCGCCUGCCCCAUAGCAAAAUGCUCUUGGGAGGAGGAGGCCCUUGGUGAGGGCUUGGACACACUUGCUUUGAAUCCUGAAGGUGGGCAGCAUUUCCUACCACUGACAGGUGGCAACAGGGAGAAAGGCCUGUUAACAUGUUUUCAUGGUAUGAGAAGUGUCUGGCCAUUUGGGAUGGGAGGAACAGCUGGCUCUGCCCUGGAACCCGCCUUCAUGCUGGGACCACGUUCCAUCUUGAUUUUAGACCUAGGGGUGCUGUGACUCAGUGCAACGCCCUUGUGCUGUUCAAACACAGCUCUCUGGAGAGCCACUAAGUGGCUAAGGAAGGAAAAUGAAGGUUGUGCUGCCCUGCCUAGUCUUUGUUCUCAAGUGAAUGAGUUUGUAUUAGCAGGGGGCCCCACAAGGCGCAGGAUACGGGCUGUGAUCACUGACACAGUGACUGGUGCUCGCUGUGAGACCGUAAGAACCCGCAGGAGCUCCAUUCUGGGGUUUUGGUUGGUUGGUGUUUUCUCCCUUGGCUGCAUCCAGAAGCCAGCAUUUCCCAAGAUUUGAAAUAAAAUGUCCAUUUCGCUGGAACAAGAGGAUACGAGUGUUGGGAUUGAAGGGCGGGGGAGAGAGAACAGUUAAAUGAAGGGGCUCAGUAUGCAGUGCUCUCCCAAUUUCCCAUCUUCCCCAAUCCCUGGGAUCUGCUCCCCGAUCUGAGACUUGCCCUGCAAUGUCAUAGGGGCUCUGUUGCUUUUCCACCACCCCUGUGCUGCUCUGCAUCUUGGCUCAGCCCAGCCCUGCAGCAUCCCAGGAGCUUUCCCAUCUCCACCUGCUCUGGUCCUAGCUCAGCCCUGCCAGUCCACACUAGCGCUCCUGCCAUUGCAAGCACCAGUGGAGCUGGACCAAGCUACAGCUGUGGAAAUGUUUCCCUGAAACAGUCAGGGUAGGUGCAGCCUCAGUGUUUCCCUUGUGGGAACCCAAUGGCAUGUUCACCUUGAGGGGAUCAGCUGCAAUCACAGAGAGUCCUGCACAUCUGUGAACCUGCCCUUCAUCUCACAGCUCCCGGACUUGCUGCUAGAGCCAAAAUCUUCUCUGCCACUGCCUUGGGAACCCCCAAGUGCCUCACUGCUGUCCAGGCCUUGCUCCACCCCACUCUGAUACCUCCAUGAUCCUUCUUGACAGGAAUGUUUGUAGUGUGCAGCUGGCCCUUUUGGCUCGUUGUGGAUGGAAGGAAAAUGGGGAACCGGCGUGGAUACGGACCUUCCUGUCUUCUACCAUUCCAGUCAGCCUCCUACAGGAGCUGCUCACACAAAGCCCUGGGGUAGCAUGUUGGCAGGCGGAAAGCAGCAGCCCACAGGAGGGCAGCUUUAAGUACGCCUCUUUCAUAGCUUAAUCGAGGCACCUCCUGAAGCCUUCCUAGCAGCUCUUUCAGAGUACUUAAACCCUAUGCCAGCAAGAAGGAGUCAGCCACUUUCCCAAAGACCGUCCUGCCAGCCCCAGGGGGAUGCUGACAGUGGGCCUGCUAUGUACCAGCAAAUCCCAGGGAAGGGAAGGCCAUGGGAGACAGAACAGGAAGGCCAGGGCAUGUGCAAGGUGAAGACGACACGCUCGCAGGAGAACCUGUCUGGGGCAGCUGCCAGUAGAGCUGGGAUUUGGUUAAUUCCAGAAUCAUACUGGUGCAAACCUUGGCAGAGGUCUCAGGCAGUGAGAAGUCGUUCUCCCCUGCUCCCGGCCAGGGAGCCGGGUUACAGUGGUACAACGUAGCUUCAACCUCUUCUGCAGUGGGGCAGCUGUAAGGGGCCAGCCUGGCCCCAAAAGUGGAUAGGCUGAACAGACAGAGGUGUGUGUUGAUUGAGCACCCUCCUCAGCUCUUUCCACCAGCCAGCUCCUCUGGAUCCGUGGCAGAGUUUUUAGCCCCACUGAAGGUAACGUUGCCUGUCCUCCCUUGAGCCAAGUCCCUCCCCUGGAGUCUCACUGCUACAGAAGAGUGUAUUUUCUAUCUCCUUAAAUCUGGCCCCCAGGGUCCAAGUAUACCCUUAAUUACCGCUGUGCAAUCCCCUUAUUGUUAAGAGGGUUGCUCCAGGUGGCCACAGAAAAGUUAUUAGCACAAGUACUUAGUCAAGUCCCUCCCUGGCUGUCUCUUUGGUCUGGGUCACACUUCUGAAUCAGUCACUUUUCCAGAGACCAGGACAAUUGACCUCAAAGCAGCCCCACAACAUGGUAGCAAAAAGGCCAGUCCACAUUCUGCAGCUGACUGAAAAUCCAGGCAUCAAAUCCACCCCUGCAGCCUCAGUGGCCGCAGCAGGACUAGUGCUUAGUGGCUAGAGACUUCCCAAGGGGAAGAUGGCUUGGGUGUUCUUCAGAAGCAUUUCUGUAACGUGCUUGUGGUGUCCGAGGAAGGGAGAGAGGUUGUGAGGGGCUGGGUGGGCAUUUCUGUGAGGGUCAGCCUCUUUGGAGGAAUGUUUCCUCUCCUCAGGGACACUCUGAGCUGGGUUGUGGAGGGAGAGGCAUGUGUCCGAAGUGUCCUUGAGGGGAAUGGAGACAGGUUGUACAGUUCAUGAUGUACAUGAUGUAUGCAGUUUUGUUUCUGGGUAUUUUUUUUAUUUUGGUUAAAUGUUUUUAAAAAGAAUUAAGGUUUUUAGGAAGCUCUAGGGGGAAGCUGUAAAUCUGACACCUCUAUUUAUUUUUGCCUUAUUCUAGUUUGCUAUGUUUGCAUGUAUGCACCGCACUACAGCAAAGACUAUUGAGACUGUGCCAGGGCAUUACACCAGCUAGCCGGUCUGCUUGGCAAUUCUGGGCUGGGCUGCGUGUCAUCAGUUGGGUGGGGGAAGGAAGGAGAAAGGGAGUGUUCCCUGUGGUUUUGAAACCCCAUUGGCCCAUGCCUCCCUGAAAGCAGUGAGCUGGCCCCAACACUAUCGAACCCAAAGAGCUUUUUCUUUUAGACCAAUUACAGAUCUGUUGCUUUUGCACAUUGUGAUUUUAUUUUAUUCCAAUCCCGAGCAGUGGGCCAAAAGGUAUGAGCACUCUCCUCAAACUCCGCCCACAAUCCCCAGUUUUGCCCAUCAUCCCAGUGGAGCUGGAUGUUUCUACAAAAGUGCUUAACACAGAACACUGUUGUCCUUUAAAUUCUCAUAAUUAGGCUUCAGAGUUAACAGGUUGCUGAACCAAACUGACACAGUCCUCACCACUCUGAGCUAUCAUUCCUUUCUGGCUGCUGUCUCUUAGAGACAGCACGUGGCUUUUUUUUUUACACAUUGGGAAGAUUUUCUUUACAACUGUAAGGGUUAGAUUUUUUGUUUGUUUUUUAAUAGAAGUUUAAAUCCUGCACGUACAUCUUCCAUGGAUCGGCUCCACCCAACUACUGAUCCCAGUGGGCAGUUUAAUUAAGGCUACUUAAUCCUUAUGGGAUUUAUGGCAAAAACGAAGCUGUCCAAAUUUUGCUUAACAUAGCACCUGUGAACUCAUAUGGCUACAUGUGUAUGCCAGCACAGAAUGGGGCUAUGGGUUCUCCAGUGGUGGUGUCCUUAAGAUACUUCAGAGAGUCAUAAAGCCCUUUACCAUGUUGUUCUCAUUCUUGGAGGAACACUCUAUAGAUCUUUAAGGCCAGAUUCUUCUGUUAGCAGUAUAAAUCCAGAUCAGCUCUGGUGUGGUCAGGUCAGUCUGCCCUGGAUUUACACCAGUAUAACUGGGAGCAGCACCUGACUCCAUUAGUUUCCUUUUGUGCUGCCUACAGCAUGUUCCACAAAUUCCACACAGUACAUUGUUAGAAGGGCUUAUCACUAGUAGCAAGCCCUCCGUGCCCAGCUAUCGUCCACCCGUCUAACUACCAUCUGGAAA